GAGUUGUUUUCACUAAUUAAAACCAAAAAAAAAAAAUGAUGAUGAUGCAAGGAAGAGAAACCUCCCCAGAAGCAACAGAAGCUGAUAUCGAGGUUGAGCCCUUGAGUGCUGAAGAUGAGCUACCAACCACAAGGAAGAGGAAGAGCAAGAACAAGAGAAGGUUUAGCGACGACCAAGUUAAAUCACUUGAAACUAUAUUUGAAUCAGAAACAAAACUCGAGCCGAGAAAGAAGGUACAAGUGGCUCGAGAGCUAGGCCUGCAACCUCGACAGGUUGCUAUAUGGUUCCAAAACAAACGAGCUAGGUGGAAAUCGAAGCAGAUUGAAAAGAAUUACAGAGUACUCAAAAACAGCUAUGACAAUCUAAAAGCUCGACUAGAAGUCAUCAAGAAAGAGAGAGAAUCCCUGCAAGAACAGUUGCAAGAACUACGUAGACUGUUAGAGAAAUCCCACGAUAGAGACAAUGGAUGCGAGGAUUUUGUGGACAACAGUCAAAAAAUGAGCAGAGAAAAUGGGCAACCUGAUGCAGGAUUAACAGCAAAGUCAAGCGACUUGCAGGAAGAAAUGGACAACCAAGGAGUCCUAUAUUCAGAUGAUGAUAGAAGUGGAACCAUAGCAUAUUUCAGGCAGGAAGAAUCCGAACUUCUGAAGAUAAGCGAAAACAUAGAUGGUUCAUUAAUAUCACCGCCACCAGUGAAAUGGUGCAGUUUUGAUGCCGGAACUCUCUUUGACCAGACAAGUAGUAGUUCCCACUGGUGGGAUUCCUGGACCUGAUAUGAUCUUAAAAAAUGGCCAGAAAUGGAAUGUUUGAAAGACCUGUUCUUUUGAUUGGAGAUGAUAGCAAGGAAAAUUCAGUUGGCAAUCAGCCAAUGUGGUGAGUCUUAGAAGUAACGAGGGUUUACUCAUCCACAGUAGCUUGGUGAUGUCGCUGGCAAAGACAAAAUAAGUAGCAUGUGAUUGAUACGGUGAUCAGUGUUUUGUGAAUUAUGUGAAUGCAUGAACGUGUGAGCAUCUGUGUGUCUGACUAGAAAUCAGAGUUAGUUUGUAGAACAUAUCUUAGAAAUUGAGUAUGUAAAGAUUGUAAACUAGUGCAAUGAGAAAAGAGAAUAAUUCAACAAAUGAGCAUGGAUCUAGCAGCUUAAACUGUGUUACAACAAUGUGAAAUACAAAAGGGUUGCAUUAUAUACCUUGAUAUUCA